CAAGAACCUGAGUAUUUAGCUACGAGUUCAGAGUACUGCCACCAUGGCUUCCUCAAGCAACGACUAUAACCUCUAUCAAUAUACACCCAGUCUGGUGUGCGCAGUUAUAUUCGCCAUCCUCUUCUUUCUCGCCACGGCUUUCCAUCUCUAUCAGCGGAUCCGAAGCCAUGCGAAAUACUUCAACCCGUUCAUCGUUGGAGGAGUUUUCCAAAUAAUUGGUUACGCAGCCAGGGCUGUCACUCAUUAUCACCAAAGGUCGACCACUCUCUAUGCUGUACAGACUCUCCUUAUUCUACUCGCGCCAACGCUUUACGCAGCGUCGAUUUACAUGGUGCUUGGAAGAAUCAUCACCUUCCUGCAUGGCGAGCAUUUGAGCUAUAUACCUGUUCGACUGAUGACAGUCAUCUUCGUCUCUGGCGAUGUACUUUCGUUCAUCCUCCAAGGAGCGGGCGGUGGCAUCAUGGCUAAUGGAUCCGAAAAGACUCUCACAAUUGGCCAAUGGGUCAUCGUAGCCGGACUUUGCGUCCAGCUAGCUUUCUUCGGGGCAUUUGUUUCUGCAUCCCUCAUCUUCCAUUACAAGAUCACCCAAAAACCAACAGGUGAAUCCAAGGAAACAAUAUAUGUCCGAGGGAUAGUCUGGCCGCAAGACUGGAGAGGACUCUUGCUCGCAUGCUAUGCUGUUAGCGUGUUGAUCCUGAUCCGAUCGAUAUAUCGUCUAGUUGAAUUUAUCCAAGGCAAUGAUGGUUAUGUGAUUAGCCACGAGGUCUUCAUGUAUGUUUUUGAUACCGCUAUGAUGUUUAUUGUGAUGCUUGUGAUGAAUGUGUUUCAUCCUUCGGUUGUUUUACGCAGUGAGUCGAAGCAUACUCGAUCAGGAUUCCAGUUGGAGGAGCAGCGAAACUAAGUGACUGGUGUGCAUGUGAUGAUUCGAAAGGGCUUUCUGAGACGUUAGGCUUUUGAUAGAUAGUACUGUCUUAUGGAGCGUCUGUUACUGCGGAA